CCAUAGCCCCGUUUGUUGGUGAGAUGAGGAAACGAGCAGGAGUGUGACCACUAACCCAUGCUGAUGCCCCAAAACUCCUGCAAUAAACCACUUCAUCAGAAACACCUUUGGCAGAGACCAUUUCUGCUCUGGCAGGGGAUGAGGACCCUGCAGCAUCAGAUUUCCUGGAAAACACGUGGAUUUUUACAGCAGGGACUCAGCCUCUGCUGGGAGCUGUUCUAGAUGUUACGCUUAAACACAGGGUGGAGAGCAAUCCUCCAGGACUGACAGGGAGUGAUGAAAAGCAGGAAAAAACAAAAGAAAACCGGGGAGGUUGUGCUGAGCUCACAUUUCCUGACUGUCCUCUUACACAAAUGGAAGAAGUUCCUAAAAGCCUGGUUCAAGCCUCUGGGAGAAUGGAAAGAGGAGAAGAAGCUUCUCUGCCUGGAGCUGCCUGGAAUGGGUAUUUAAGCAAUUUCAGUCAUGGGACCACAGCAGGCAGCCACUGGUCAAACACAACGUCAGGAGUGACAGCAACAACCACAGGCACGUGGCUGGAUGCUGCCAAUUCCAGUGAGUACCUGUAUGAGUACCUGGAUGAGGAGGAUUAUGGGCUCUAUGGCCUCUGCACCAAGGAGGAGGUGCUGUCCUUCAGCAGGGUGUUCCUGCCAUCAUUUUACACCGUGAUCUUCCUGGUUGGAAUGGCUGGGAAUGCCCUCCUGUUUACGGUCCUCCUCAUGCACAUCAAGAAGAAAAAGAAGAUGACUGAGCUGUAUCUGAUGAACCUGGUGGUUUCAGACUUCUUCCUGCUACUGACCCUUCCUUUCUGGGCUCUGUACAUUUCUCAGUGGGUCACCUGGGACAUUUUGUGCCCAUUCUUAAGUGCCAUGUACACUCUGAACUUCUACAGUGGCAUCUUCUUUGUGAGCUGCAUGAGCCUGGACAUGUAUCUGCAGAUAGUUCAUGCUUGGUCUCCUCACAGCUCCACGGUGUGGAGGAAUUCCAUCCUCAUCUUGUUGGUGAUGUGGAUACUUUCCAUAGCUCUCUCCAUUCCUGAUGGCCUCUUCACCAGCACAAGGCAAACUCACAACAAAACCAUCAUGUGCGCCCAGGAUUAUGGCCAGGAACAUUUAUUUUGGAAAGUUGUUUUUCGGGUGACUCAAAACAUCCUGGGAUUCCUUUUCCCCUUCCUCUUCAUGACGUUCUGCUACUCCCGCAUCGCGUGUGUGCUCAACACCUCACAGAUACCUGGCUCCAGGAGAGCUCUCUGCUUAGUCCUUACCCUGGUGGGAGUCUUCUUUGUGCUGUGGUGUCCUUACAACGUUGUGCUCAUCCUCCACUCCCUGCAGGAUGUCGGUGUGAUCAGGAGCUGUGAAAGCAGUAGGAAACUGGACUAUGCCCUGCAGAUCACCGAGAGCUUGUCCUUUGUCCACUGCUGUCUCAACCCCUUGCUCUAUGCUUUUGUGAAGAAACGGUUCAGGGCAUAUUUGUGGAAGAUCCCUCAGGCUAUUUUCAGGAGAGGCGCUUUCUUUUCCAUCCAGGACUCCCAGACAAGCCUGUCUUGCAGCAGGUAUGCAGCUGAGAUAGAAAUGUUGAGCAUCACAAAUGCAUCAUAAAUAUUUACAUUAUUUACAUUAUGUGUGAGCCCUCUGUCCUGCCUGUGAUGGAGUUGGUGUGAGCCUGCAGCACUGUGUAACCAGAUAGUUCAUCCUAGCAACAACCUUGAGAUGAGGUUUCCAAUCCAUACUGGGAUUGGAAAAGUACACGUGGGAUCUCUUUCUGUUGCACGUGGAAUUAUGAAAGAAUUGUCCUGUAUUUACACUAGUGGAAGAAACCCAGUUCUCAUCUGGAGGCAGAAGCAAAUAAAGGAUCAGAUUUCUCAAUGUUGUGCCUUAAAAAAAUGCAAACUAAGACUUGAGGAGAGAUUAUCCUCCUCCUUGGCACGGGCUUUCCAUGGAUGGAAUUCCAUGCUCAUCCAUCAGGCCACAAAGACUGUGAAGGGAUCUGGCUCUUACCGUCUGCCAGAUGAUUUAACCGGGAUAAUCUCGUUUUCUACCAGGAGAUACAACAGGAAGGACUGGACACCUCUAAGCUGAGCUGUUCUCUGUCCUGAUGAGCUGUACCACACUCAGACCUGCUGAGCAGGGAACUGGGACUCUCCAAGGGGCAGGGCCUUGCUUAGAGAUCGGUUUGAUCAUCAGCUGAUUUGAGACAGUUUGAGCAGAACACAGUCCAGACCAAUAACGGUGAGAAAGAGAUAAAAAGGGGGCUCAGCAGAACAGUGGUUGAGGUAUUUGCCUUCCAUGAUCCAUUUUGACAAGAAAAAAAAGAUCAAUGGGUACCACCUGUAACAUAAAUAUUGGCUUUGAAACACAACAAGAGUGAAAUCGUGGCCUGAACAGAAGAGCACAGAGAGCUGAUGGUCAAUCCUUAUUACCCAGUGCACCUUUGAAGUUCAAGGUUCUGAGUUUGCUGACUUUUAUUUAAAGGCAUUAUUCACCCUAAAUGCUCCUGAACAUUAAAUAGUCCCUUUCCAUCCUCUAAAUCUAUUAAGUCUGGAAGUUGCCUAGAGUUGUACAAAUAAAAUUAUGAAUUUAAAAGAAA